AUGAAAUAUUUAACCUAUUUUGGAUAUAUUGAAACAGAUUUCGAAUUAGAAAAACCAACAGAAGAAAUUAAAAUAACAAUUGUUGAUAAUCUUUCAAAUAAAAUUGUUGAAUUUACUCUUCCAGCUACAGUUAUUGAACAAAUUGGAGUAACAGAGCAACAUAUAUUAUUUUUGGAUGAUGCAAGAAGUGGUUAUAUUUGGUUAUAUAAAAUGAAGGAAGAGUCACUUUUUGUUCUUCCACUUGGUUUACCUUCUGAGGCUGGAAGAGAUAUUGAAAAGAAUUUGUGUUUGAGACCACCUAUGUUCUUACCUUUUAAGGAUAUUACAAUCAAAAGUAGAAAAAUGGAAGAAAACGACAAUAAUGAUAAUAUUUUGCUAAAUAAAUUUGAGGCUAGAUUCUCUCAUUGGGAGGAUUAUCAGAAAUUAGGUCCAAACCCUCCAUUAAGUUCACCUCCUGCUCGUCGUUUAUUAGCUUGUACAUCCUUUGGUGCUUUUCUAGCAAUUAAUUAUCGUUGUGUAAGUUGCUCUCUGUGCUCCGUUUUACGUUGUUUAUAUAAAAAUGAAUUAACAGCCGGGAAUGACCAUUUAGCUUUAUUUAACCCUCUUGGACAUGUUUACACUCUUGGAACGGGAACACGUGGAGAGUUGGGACAUGGAUGUAUUGAACAAGGACAAUGGACAGAACCGAAAAUUGUUUCGGAUUUGGCAGAUGCUGGAAUAAACGGAGAUAUUUAUGGUUGGGGAUGGAAUGGUUAUGGACAAUUAGGAAUUUUGCCUGAAGAAUGUUCAAUACAACCAACUCCAUAUCCUUUUGAUUUGCCUGAUAUUUUAGAUGAAAAGGUAGAGAGUAUUAAUUGUGUUGGAAAUAAUUCUUUUAUUAAAUUCUCAAAUGGAAAGAAUUUUUGUUUUGGUGAAUUAGAAAAAUCUUCUUACAUGGAUUCUAAAGAAUUGGAAGGGGAUGCUUCCACAUCAACAAUAAAAGAUUUUGAAUCUGAUGAUCAACCAGAAAUGAAACGUGCUAGACAUCAUAGAAAUUUACAUGUUGCUGUAGCUGGUUGUUCUCAUGGUCAAAUGGAUACAAUAUAUGAACGUUUAACAAAUGUAGAAAAGCAAAGAAAUGUAAAAUUUGACUUACUUUUAUGUUGUGGGGACUUUCAAGCAAUUCGAAAUCAUGGAGAUCUUCAUUAUUUUCAUGCCCCGCCACAUCAUCGCAAACUUGGAACAUUUUACAAGUAUUAUAGUGGAGAAAAGAUAGCCCCCAUUCUUACUUUAUUUAUUGGAGGAAAUCAUGAAAGUAGUGGUUAUAUGGCUGAAUUACCUUAUGGAGGUUGGGUAGCACCGAAUAUUUGGUAUAUGGGCUACGCUUCGGUCAUUCAAUUUGCCGGUUUACGUAUUGCUGGGCUGUCGGGAAUUUUUAAAUCAAAUGAUUACAAUAAGGGUCAUUUUGAACGUCCACCAUUUCAAGAACAUGGUUCUGUUGUUUCUGCUUAUCAUGUUCGUUCAAUAGAUGUUUUUAGAUUGAAACAAUUGAGAGGUUUUUUUGAAAUAUUAUAUUUUUAA